AUGUCACUGAAAAAUGAGCCAAGAGUAAACACCUCUGCACUACAGAAAAUCGCUGCCGACAUGAGCAAUCUAAUAGAAAAUCUGGACACACGGGAGCUCCACUUUGAGGGAGAGGAGGUGGAUUUCGAUGUGUCCCCGGGCGAUCCCAAGACACGGGAAGUGUCUAUUCCUUUCUCUGCUAUUUAUAACACUCAAGGAUUCAAGGAGCCUAACAUACGGAUGUUUCUCUCUGGCUGUCCAAUAAAAGUGCAAGUUCUGGAAGUGGAACGGUUUGCAUCUGCAACAAGGGUACCAGGUAUGAAUCUUUACACUAUUGAGUUAACACAUGGAGAAUUUAAAUGGCAAGUUAAGAGGAAAUUCAAGCACUUUCAAGAAUUCCACAGAGAACUACUCAAGUACAAAGCCUUUAUCCGAAUCCCCAUUCCUACUAGAAGACACACAUCUAGAAGACAAAAUGUCAAAGGCGAGGAGCCUAGAGAGAUGCCGAGUUUGCCCCGUUCAUUUGAAAAUAGGAUUAGAGAAGAACAAUUCUUGGGUAGAAGGAAACAGCUGGAAGACUACUUGACAAAAUUACUAAAAAUGCCCAUGUAUAGAAACUAUCAUGCAACAACAGAAUUCCUUGAUAUAAGCCAGCUCUCCUUCAUCCAUGAUUUGGGACCAAAGGGCAUAGAAGGUAUGAUAAUGAAAAGAUCUGGAGGACACAGGAUUCCAGGCUUGAAUUGCUGUGGUCAGGGAAGAGCCUGCUACCGAUGGUCAAAAAGGUGGUUAAUAGUGAAAGAUUCCUUUUUACUGUACAUGAAACCAGAUAGUGGUGCUAUUGCGUUCGUCUUGCUGGUAGAUAAAGAAUUCAGAAUUAAGGUGGGGAAGAAGGAGACAGAGAUUAAAUAUGGACUCCGAAUUGAUAAUCUCUCAAGGACGCUUAUUUUAAAAUGCAACAGCUAUAGACAUGCUCGCUGGUGGGGGGGAGCUAUAGAAGAAUUCAUCCACAGACAUGGCGCCAACUUUCUCAAAGAUCAUCGGUUUGGGUCAUAUGCUGCUAUCCAAGAGCACACUUUAGCUAAAUGGUAUGUUAACGCCAAAGGAUAUUUUGAAGAUGUGGCAAACGCAAUGGAAGAGGCUAAGGAAGAGAUUUUUAUCACAGAUUGGUGGUUGAGUCCAGAAAUCUUCCUGAAACGCCCUGUGGUUGAAGGAAAUCGCUGGAGACUGGACUGUAUUCUCAAACGAAAAGCACAACAAGGGGUAAGGAUCUUCAUAAUGCUUUACAAAGAGGUGGAACUCGCUCUUGGAAUCAAUAGUGAAUACAGCAAGAAGACUUUAAUGCGCCUGCACCCCAACAUAAAGGUGAUGAGGCACCCAGACCAUGUGUCAUCUACCGUGUAUCUGUGGGCUCAUCAUGAGAAGCUUGUCAUUAUCGACCAGUCUGUGGCCUUCGUGGGUGGGAUUGACCUGGCCUAUGGAAGAUGGGAUGACGAUGAGCACAGACUUACAGAUGUGGGCAGCGUGAAGCGUGUCACUACAGGGCAGUCCCUUGUGUCCCUCACAGCUGAAACAGCAGAGUCUAUAGAAUCUAUGACCCUCAAAGAUAAAAGUGAAUCGAAUAAAAACCUGCCAAUCUUAAAGAGUGUUGACGACAUGGAUUCAAAAAUGAAAGGGAUAGGAAAGCCAAAAAAGUUCUCCAAAUUCAGCCUCUACAGGCAGCUCCACAGGCACCACCUGCAAAGUGCGGACAGCGUCAGCAGCAUUGACAGCACCUCCAGUUAUUUUAAUCACUGUAGAAGUCAUCAGAAUUUAAUCCAUGGUUUAAAACCCCACUUGAAACUCUUUCGCCAUUCCAGUGAAUCUGAGCAGGGACUCGUUAGACCUAACAUCGAUACGGGCUCCAUCCGCAGCCUACAGACAGGUGUGGGAGAACUGCAUGGGGAAACUAGAUUCUGGCACGGAAAGGACUACUGCAACUUUGUUUUCAAAGACUGGGUUCAACUUGACAAACCUUUUGCAGAUUUCAUUGACAGGUACUCCACUCCCCGGAUGCCGUGGCAUGACAUCGCCUCAGUGGUCCAUGGGAAGGCGGCUCGUGAUGUGGCACGUCAUUUCAUCCAGCGCUGGAACUUUACAAAGAUUAUGAAGCCAAAGUAUCGGUCUCUUUCAUACCCAUUUCUGCUUCCAAAAUCUCAAACAACAGCCCAAGAGUUGAAAUAUCAAGUGCCUGGGUCUGUACCUGCAAAAGUACAGUUGCUCCGCUCUGCUUCUGAUUGGUCUGCUGGUAUAAAGUACCAUGAAGAGUCCAUCCACGCUGCCUAUGUACAUGUGAUAGAGAACAGCAAGCACUAUAUCUACAUAGAAAAUCAGUUUUUCAUAAGCUGUGCUGAUGACAAAGUCGUUUUCAACAAGGUUGGUGAUGCCAUUGCCCAGAGGAUACUUAAAGCUCACAGGGAAGGCCAGAGAUACCGGGUGUAUAUUGUGAUACCACUUCUGCCAGGAUUUGAAGGAGACAUUUCAACCGGUGGAGGAAAUGCUCUACAAGCAAUAAUGCAUUUCAACUACAGAACCAUGUGCAGAGGAGAAAAUUCCAUCCUUGGACAGUUAAAAACAGAGCUUGGCAAUCAGUGGAUAAAUUACAUAUCAUUCUGUGGCCUUAGAACACAUGCAGAGCUUGAAGGAAACCUGGUCACUGAGCUUAUCUAUGUCCACAGCAAGUUGCUAAUUGCUGAUGACAACACUGUUAUUAUUGGAUCUGCCAAUAUAAAUGACCGAAGCAUGCUGGGAAAGCGUGACAGUGAAAUGGCUGUCAUUGUGCAGGACACGGAGACAGUCCCUUCAGUAAUGGAUGGAGAAGAGUACCAAGCUGGCCGGUUCGCCCAAGGACUCCGGCGACAGUGCUUUAGGGUUGUCCUUGGCUAUCUCUCUGACCUGAGUGAGGACAUUCAGGACCCAGUGAGUGACAAAUUCUUCAAGGAGGUGUGGGUUUCAACUGCAGCUCGAAAUGCUACAAUUUAUGAUAAGGUGUUCCGGUGCCUUCCCAAUGAUGAAGUACACAAUUUAAUUCAGCUGCGAGACUUUAUAUGCAAGCCAAUAUUAGCAAAAGAAGAUCGCAUCAGAGCUGAGGAGGAACUUAAAAAGAUCCGUGGGUUCUUGGUGCAAUUUCCCUUUUAUUUCUUGUCUGAAGAAAGCCUACUCCCUUCUGUUGGAACCAAAGAAGCCAUGGUACCUAUGGAGGUUUGGACUUAA